AGAUGGCCUAGUUCCACAAUCUCUUGAGGCACUGUCUUUUAGAAUAGAAAAUUGAAAGAAACAUUAGGUUUGAUCUAUCCUAAGAAGCAUUUUAGAUCUAGCAUAUGGGAAGAAGAUGUCUGACAUAAUCAGUGACUUACAAGUCCAAGACAUUCGCUUUCCCACGUCGCUAGAAGCUGAUGGCUCUGAUGCAAUGAAUAAAGCUCCUGACUACUCCUGUCCUUAUGUCACACUCACAACACAAUCUGGACUAAAAGGCUAUGGCAUCACAUUCACAGUAGGCAGAGGCAACAACAUUGUUUGUGAGGCCAUUCACCUUCUGAGUCCUCUUGUUAUUGGUCAAGAUUUGCUGGAAAUUUUCAAAGAUUUUUCCUCAUUUUGGAGAAGUCUGACAAGUGAAGACCAAAUAAGAUGGCUGGGCCCAGAGAAGGGGGUCAUGCACCUAGCCGUAGCUGCUAUCACCAAUGCUGUGUGGGAUCUAUGGGCCAAGAAAGAAGGAAAGCCCUUAUGGAAGCUUUUGGUAGACAUGGAACCAGAGCAACUUGUCUCAACAAUUGACUUCAGAUACAUAAUGGAUGCCUUAACUCCAGUAGAAGCCAUUGGUCUGCUCACACAGAUGCUGCCUGGUAAAGUCAAGCGAGAGCAAGAGAUGAAAGAGUCUGGUUAUCCUGCUUACACAACCUCAUGUGCCUGGCUGGGCUACAGUGAUGAGAAAAUUCAAAGAUUGUGUCAAGAAGCACAAGGUCAAGGUUUUACAAGAUUUAAGAUGAAAGUUGGCUCUGACCUACAAGAUGACAAACGCCGAGCCAAGAUUUUACGCCAGUCUAUGGAGCCGUCUCAUUUAUUGAUGGUUGAUGCCAACCAAAAGUGGGAGGUGCAGGAGGCCAUUGAUUGGAUGCGUGAACUGGUCCACUUUAACAUCACCUGGAUAGAAGAACCCACGUCCCCAGAUGAUAUUUUAGGACACAGAGAAAUAGCACAAGCGCUCCAGCCCCUGGGUAUUGGCGUGGCCACAGGUGAGCAGUGCCAGAACAGGGUCAUGUUCAAACAGUUCCUCAAGGCCGGCGCCAUGCAGUUCUGUCAGAUAGACAGCUGUAGACUUGGGGGAGUCAGUGAAAACCUAGCUGUCAUUCUAAUGGCUCGAAAAUAUGGAGUGCCAGUUUGCCCACAUGCAGGAGGGGUUGGCCUCUGUGAGUACGUCCAGCACCUGUCUUUGUUUGAUUACAUUGCAGUUUCUGGUUCACUAGAGAAAAGAAUGGUUGAGUACACAGAUCACUUACAUGAGCAUUUUGUCAACCCAUGCAAGAUUCACAAUGGAUGCUACAUGCCACCUGAGAGCCCUGGUUACAGUAUAGAGAUGAAGAGCUCUUCCAUUGAAGAUUACAAAUGGCCUGGAGGUUCUGUUUGGCGGAAACUUAUUCAAGAUGGUGUUUACAAGGAGUAAGUUGUUUGUGGAGCCAGAAUAGUUUACAAGACUGGCUUGAAAGCACAUUUGUUACACAGACCAGAGUGCUACUCUGACACUUGAGUGUCAAGAUUUAUCCUAGUCAUUUCUUCUAUCGUUUGAAAAAUAAUCUAAACAGAUUUGUUGUACUGGGUGUUGGUCUGGUUUAUUUCAUCAAGAUUUUCAUUCAUUAUUCUAGUCAUAAUACUUACAGUGGUAGAAUCUACCUCGAAUUCAAGAAAUUUUUUUGUUUUUGAGUUAAGUGCGAAAUUUGAGAUACAAGUAACCGAAGCUGCGAGUUUUACAUUUCUUGACAAAUAACACCUGAAAAACUUGCAAAUGAUCGUGCAUUGCAGCUAUUUAAGAGUUUGUCAAACUGAUUUCGCAACUUUCUGAAUGGGAGGAAAAAAUAAACUAUCUUAUCAGAUUUUGUUUUAGAUGGCCUUCAUAUGAAAUGAAGUAAAGAUGGCCUUCAUAUGAAAUGAAGUAGAGAUGGCCUUCAUAUGAAAUGAAGUAAAGCGUGGUGAAAAAGGCAAUGAGUAGUGAAGAGAGAAUAAGCAAAAGUAAUAAUCUAGUAGCUUCUAAGUGUCUAAGUUGAACUAUGUUCAGUGAAUUUGAGUUCAGUUCCAUGAAGUUCAGGAUAAAGUGUACUAUUAAAAGUGUAACCAGGAUAAAGUGUACUAUUAAAAGUGUAACCGGGAUAAAGUGUACUAUUAAAAGUGUAACCGGGAUAAAGUGUACUAUUAAAAGUGUAACCGGGAUAAAGUGUACUAUUAAAAGUGUAACCGGGAUAAAGUGUACUAUUAAGAGUGUAACGAGUAAGCAAAUUAAAGUGACCGAAAGAAUUUAGUAGUGUAGGUAGUUGGUCAGUGAUUCUCCUUCGAUAUGUCUUUUACAAAAUGUGUUAUUUGUAAACACAUUUUUACUUUCUCGUAUAUACGAAGUAUAGAGAAAGUAUUGUAAUCGUGCACAAAAAUAACAUGAAAUUUUGACAGUUUUCACCGUUUUACUCCUCCAGUCCUUCAUCACAUCCGGAGUAUAGAGGACUUAUUUUAAUCGGGCAAAAAUUAUCAAUCCAGAUUUAUCAAAAUUAAGAGGUUUUAUGCGUAAUCCAGUCUGAAAAACUGGGCUUUGCAAUUCUGUCCGUUUUCUGUGUGUGUGUGUAGACACGAUAAGUUGAGUACCGUUACAGCUAGGUUGAUGAAAUUUUAUAUAUAUAUAUAAGUAUUUUAUCAAAAUCGUAGAUCCGUAUCAACUUUUGAGCGAUUUCCGAUAACCGGAAGUGGUAUUUUUUCUACUUUGAAUUUUUCAAAAGCCUAUAACUUGAGUACUAUUUCAGAUAGAUAAAUGAAAUUUCACAUGUAAGUCAAAGAUCUAAUUCUCUACCUUCUGUUAAAUUUUGAGUAAUUUCCGUUGACCGGAAGUAGUAAUUUACGCUACUUCCGAUUUCUCAAAAAACUAAUGUAAAUUUUUAAAGUACUAAUAAUAUUGCGCACUAUUAUGCACUUUUUAUUUGGCAUUCACUUCUUUUGUCUACGAGAUUUUAUUCUAUUUUUAAAACUUUAAGUAUUUAAAAUUGAUUAAAAAUCAUGUCUAUAGCCCGAGUUCCCAUCCCCUGUUGUGUUAUAUAAGAAUAUUCGAGAAAGUUUAGGGGAGAUCACUCCCGGUUUAUUUAAAUUAAAAAUAGGUAAAAGAAAACAUUUGAGGUAGCAAUUUUGGUGCAGGCUGAAACAGAUUCAUAUCAUUUACAGAUGAAUAUCAUUUCAUAUUAUUUACAGAUGAAUAUCACUUCAAUCAUUCACAGAUGAAUAUCAUUUCAUAUUAUUUACAGAUGAAUAUCACUUCAAUCAUUUACAGAUGAAUAUCAUUUUGUAUCAUUUACAGAUGAAUAUCAUUCCAUAUCAUUUACAGAUUAAUAUCACUUCAAUCAUUUACAGAUGAAUAUCAUUUUGUAUCAUUUACAGAUGAAUAUCAUUCCAUAUCAUUUACAGAUGAAUAUCACUUCAUAUCAUUUACAGAUGAAUAUCAUUUUGUAUCAUUUACAGAUGAAUAUCAUUUCAUAUCAUUUACAGAUGAAUAUAAUUUCAUACAAUUUCAAUUGCAAAUACUUUUAGAUACAACCAGUCUGAGAUAUCAGCAAUGUUACGUAACAAAUUAAACUUGUAGCUCAGCGUACCAAUGUAACAAAUUAAACUUGUAUCUCAGCGUACCAAUGUAACAAAUUAAACUUGUAGCUCAGCGUACCAAUGUAACAAAUUAAACUUGUAUCUCAGCGUACCAAUGUAACAAAUUAAACUUGUAGUUGAGCGUACCAAUGUAACAAAUUAAACUUGUAAUUCAGCGUACCUCUGUAACAAAUUAAACUUGUAUCUCAGCGUACCAC